GAUGGAAUGUGUGGUGAGUCGUAUCGAUCAGGGUACGUUGCACCUGGCUUGUCCGGACAUCGCAGGCUUCCACCGCACCCAUAUGGUGCUACCCUUGCAGCUCCUGUCCAGUCAUGAUCUGCAAGUGCGGCCCAUCAUCGAAGAGAAGAAGGCCAUUGUGACGCGAGUGGAGGAUGCCAAGCAGCUCGAGCUUCGGCCUUUUCACAGCAAAAUGCAGGUACAGCUGGGCUUGGACCAGUCAAGCCCUGUCUCCUUGUAUCGCCUCUGCGCUUCCGCGCUAUUCUUGGACUUCCGCGACGGAUCGCGGAAAUUUCGGCAUGCCGUGCUCCCGCGCCAACAUCCUGAAGUCUUUGGGCCGGUGCCUGACCUGCGCAAAGCCCGCGAGAUGCACCGCGCGGGGGGCUUGUGGGGAUCCACCUGGCAGCAGGUGCGCCAAGCGCAGAUGUGUGCAGCAGCUCUGAUGCCCCAGAUGAGGGCAAAGGCUCCUUAUCAUAUGACGGCCUCAUAUGAGGAACUCGAGAAUAAUUUUUGCUUUGUAGGCAAUAGAUCCGAAGGAUAUGAAGUUUAUGUCACGGUCCCCAGCAGCUACCGCGGCCUGCGGGGCCUGACCAAGCUGCAGGUAGGUCACCUGGCCCUUCUGUGGCGCUCGGACCGGGACCGGGGCCGCCUGUGGAUGUGCUGCGGGGCGGUGAAGAAUGUUGACAUCACGCGCCAGAUGAGGCGAAAGACAGAACUCUGCCCUCGCUUUGCCCGCAACGGCACUUGUGAAUACGAAGACUGCUGGUAUGCACAUGGUUCCAACGAGCUUGUCCCGGAGCGGGCCAAAGUGACUGUGCGUUUGAGCGACUGCUCCGCGCGGCUGCUCCCUUCCUGGGUGACCUCCAACAGCGGCACGCUGGAUGUGGACUUUGCGGUGAUAAGUAGCCGUGAACAACUCGCCCUGAAGAGCAUAAGAGAGGUGGAAAAAACUUCCGAGCGGCAGCCACAGCAGUUGGUGAAGCGUCUGGUCUUCCGUGGCCGAGGGGCCUUCUCUUUCGAUGGGCCGCCUGCCAUAGCGGAUGAAGCUCCAAUUGAUACGCCAGCUGGACUGCCUCCGCUGAAUAACUACCAGCAGAGGGCGUUGCAGCUGACCCUAAAGGAGGUGUUGGCCUACGUUCAAGGCCCUCCAGGCACGGGCAAAAGCACCACCGCCGCACAUCUGAUUUGUCAGCUGCUGCGACGACAGCGCUGGGGGGCUGCGGUGAAGCCGUUGAUGGUAUGUUGUCCUUCAAACAAAGCUUGUGAUCGAUUACUUCACCUCUUUUUGAAGGCUGAGAUGUCUCGUAAUAUAUGGGUCGUUCGAGUUUAUGCUAAGACCAUCGAGCAGAAUUAUUGGCGAGACCCUCGUUCACAGUGUUGUCGCGACUACGAGAUAGAUCCUGACCUCUUGCAGUAUGCUUUGCAUCAACAGGUAGAAGAUCAAGACCCUAGCAUCAAGAAUCAAUAUCUGGAUGUAGCACAACAACUUGAAGAUCAUUGUACUAAGCCAGGUGAGUUAUUGACACUUCAAAAGACUUUGAAUGAGGCAAAACAGUUGAAAGAGUCUAAGUCCAAAGAGAUUCUGAAGCAGGCACAGGUGAUUUUUACCACCUGCGACUGCGCCUGCAACGAUCGCCUCUUUCAAAGGAUGAGCUUUCCAUCCGUAAUCAUCGAUGAGGCCGCACAGGCUCUCGAGCCUGAGCUGGCCCGCUGCUGCCUGCUGGCAGAAGAUCAUUUGGCUCUUUUCGGCGACCAUGAACAGUUGGGGCCCGUCCUAACCGAACAGACCCUCUUUCCGGCGUUUAAAAAUAUGUGGACUCGAUCCCUCUUCGAGCGCAUAGUUUCGAAACGACCCGGGCGCGGUCAAUCGAACAGCCUGACGACUGGUAUUCCACACGUGACAUUGAAGCGACAAUAUCGGAUGCAUCCGUCCAUCAGUUGCUUUGCCAACGAGGAGUUUUAUCAAUGCCAGUUGGUGGAUGAUGAAGAGGCCUGUCGCGAUGGCUUUACUUUGCCAUCCGAAUUUAAUUCGCGGAUGUCUGUCAUCGACGUUACAGGACCCCAUGGCCGGAAGAGUGUGGCGCCCGAAGGCGAUGCUGUGCAGGACUUUGAGACGAGUUUGUGCAACCCCUCCGAGGCGGCCGUGGUGAAAGCUUACGUCACGUGGCUCGUGGCUUUGGGUGUGAGCGUCGGGGAGAUCGGGGUGGUGACUCCCUACCGUGCUCAAGCAGCCUUGAUUAAAGAAGUCCUCACUGAGGCACUUUCCAACGAGGAGCUUCCCACCAUUGGCACCGUGCACCUCUUGCAGGGGGAAGAGCGUCAAUAUGUGAUUCUCUCGCUGGUUCGCAGCUUUGCAGAGGCAGACACAGAGGUCUUUGAUCCUGUGCCGCAGGACGCACGGCGGCGGAAGGUCUAUAGCCUGGGAUUUCUGAAUGACAGGCGUUUGGCAAACGUGGCCCUCACACGUGCGCAGCUGGGUCUGGUUGUGGUGGCCAACACGCAGGUGCUAUCCAGUGCCCCGCACUGGAAGAAUCUCUUUGAACACGCACGUAGCAAUCGCUGCUACUGGGACCAGGAUGCUGCCAUGGACUUCUUCCAAGAUGGUGAAGCAACUGGGCCCGCGGACAGCUACUGGGCCGAGGUUCGAAGUCAGUCGCCGCUACCCAGCGGAUCGGAGUCGGAAGGUCAUGCAGAGGCCUCCGAGGCCUCCGAGGCUUCGGCCUUCGGCUCCGCGCCGCCCAGCAGCGCCGCCUCGGACGCCGAGGGCGAAACGGAAGUACCGGCGCCGGCGGCGCCGGUGGCACCGGUGGCACCGGUGGCCCGUGCGCGGCGCAGGCAAUCGGAGAAUGUGCCGAGAUGUUGUAAGCGGCUGGGACAAGACACUGGAUAUGACUAUCCUUUGAACUAUGGAAACUUGGAGUGCAAAGCUCAUGACAGCCGACUACCGCCUUUCUGCGACGUCGAGUCGCCUCCAGCAUGGUGUGCCCAAAAAUGGUGCUACGUGGACAAAGAUGACUGUAGCAUCGUGCCUUACCGCAGCUUUCUGUUUGAAGGUUCGGAUGCUCAUUACAGCUAUCAGACCUGUGGAGAGUCGAAUCAGUUCGAAACUUGGAUAGCUUCAUUGGGGCAAGGCACUGUCUCAGUGACCGAGUUGUUGGACGUGGUCCAAGGCUACCUGUGGAGUACUCGAGCAAGGGUGGAGAGCGAACAUAUGGCCCUGAAAAGUGUUUCUAGUUGCAACUGGAUCAACCAAUGCCCCUGUGUGGAAUGUGUACUGAAUGAUUUGUGGAAAGGAAAGACUGACUUUACCAAAGUUGGUGUUACCUUGAAAUCAGAAGAUGCCAGUUUCGCAUGCUUGUCGUUGCCUGUGUCUCAAAGCUACAUCAACAUCGCAGCGAAGGAAGGUCAACCCUAUCAACGAGUGGGUUACAUGUACUUUGCAGAUCAUGCCAGUGGGAGCUACAUGGGUUGGCCAGCAGUUGAUUGGUGUUUUGAUUCGGGCUAUGAUCCGCGGCUGCGUCCCUGGUAUUCCUCCGGCGCCACCGGUCCAAAAGAUUUGGUCAUCGUAGUGGAUGUCAGUGGCUCCAUGGAACAGGCAGGGCGUGCGCGAUUGGCAAAGGCCGCCACAUCUGCGGUGAUCGAUACCUUGGAGUGGAAGGACUGGGCCACAGUGAUCCUUUUCAAUCAUGGCAUUGCGGCUCAAUACUCACAGCAGCUGCGUCCCAUGUUGGAUGAGGAAAGAUCAAAGAUGAAGAGCUGGUUGAAUGACCAGAUUUGGAGUCAGGGAGGGACCGACUUUCAAACCGCCCUUUCGGAGGCCUUUGCAGUUAUUGAACGCAGUGUCAGUGCAGGAGACACUUCGAUGUGUCAGAAGGGCAUGCUUUUCUUGACGGACGGUGAGGCAGAUUUUACCGAGUACGACUUUGCACAGACUCAGCGAAAAGCUCUGCAGUUCAGUGUGGCACUCUUUACAUAUGCGCUUGGUUCUGGUGCGCAAACAUAUAUUACGCACCGCCUGGCGUGUGAAAACAAGGGCAUUUUCUAUCAACUUCCAGAUCACGCAGACCUCUCCACAGCGAUGUCGAAAUAUUAUGAGUACUUUGCAUCAGGUGUAGAGUUGUGCAUUCCUUCCUUCACCCGCUAUCGAGAUGUCGUCACAGGUGCUGAACUCUGGCCUGCAUGUUUGCCGAGCUAUGACCGCUCUUCUGGAGAACAGGAACUCUUAGGGGUUGGCUGUAUCGAUUUGAACGUCAUGGCUGAUCUGGAAAGGAUGAAAAGCGAAUCCUACUGGGAGGACUUCAUUUGCAAACUCUCCGACCUUAGCAAACAAUGCUAUCACUUGGACCUUAGCGACUGCCGCCUGGAAAAGUUGCGCCGAGCUGUUGGGCCUGAGUCAUCCUGCACGGACGUGGCAUGGGAAAGCAACUGUGCAUGUGCGGAUCCCAACUGUCAAGACAAUGCGAACUUCUUAGACGAGCUGGGCUAUUUCUGUGACACUUGGGUGGGUGAUGACUGCACCCGAGCAGUAGAAGACUGGGGCUACACGGCCGCCGGUCAAGAAAGUGUCUUGCAGCAGUGCAGACGCUCUUGUGGCAGAUGCCCUCAGGGUCCUUGUCAAGAUGGGCAAUGUCAAAAUGUUGAGAAAAUUUCCAGCAGCGCAUGCCGAGACAAGCUCACCACACGGGUUACACCCAACAAGAUUACAAAGAUAUUGAUGGCUUCAGGUGCUUGUGACAACCGCAGGCGUGGCAAGAGGAGCAAGGCAAAAGCCAAAGCCAAGGUGGGCUGGUCGCAGGCCUCGAAACAUAGGAAACCAAUGCCUUGGACUUGGGCUGGGCCAUCCAUCUUCGAUCCAUCCCUCGCCGAGACCGGCGCGCCGCUCUCGCCGGACGCAACGGAGCGCACGGCUCCGGCGGUCUGCUGCGUGGAGGACUGUCGAAACAGGCCACAUCAAAGGUCACCUUUUGCUUGUGCCCACGGGCUAUGUAGUGCACACUACAAAGAACUUUUGAAGGAAAAAGACUUCUUAGAGCAGCAGGAGGUGGAAGGGCCCGUGUCGUCGAUGGAACGCUUCAUUCUGCCAACGUAUUGGAACCCCUUGCCACCCAUAGCGGAAGAAAAGAAACUCCGAAGCAGGUCCUUCUUCAGUGUCCUGCUGCGCUAUUUGGAGACCUCGAAAACGCCGACGUCGCCCUCACUGGAUGUGCUCUUCACCUUAGCUUUCACUGCGUCGAUAAGGAGCGCGCAUGAAUUGCAGAUCAGCCCUGAAGAGUUUCUGCACACGGAAGCGAUCGGCCUUCUGUUGGCUCUUCAGGCUAUUGAGGAUUGUGCCGGGCAGGUUCCCAGCCAUUUCCAGGAGAGGUGGCAGCAGCUCAGCGGGCAGAACCAGGGCCAACAGAGCCAGCAACGCUACCAGGAGGACAUUCUGGCGAUUGCGGCCUUUUGGAAAGAAGAAGGCAACCGACACAAGCAGCAGAGACAGCUUGUAGGAGAGUUUCAGCUGGCGCUGGACAGCUACGCCUUUGGGUCUCAGCUAUUGGAGGAGCUACCCAUUUCUCCCCCCGUGGCGCGUCUCGCGGCUGACCUGGCCAACAACGCCAGCGCUGCGUACAUUGACGUGGAGGAUUACCCAAGUGCUGAACAGUCUGCUUUAAGUGCGAUCUCAUACUUCGACCAAUUGACAGAUCCAGCGCUGCCGAAGAAGGCGAAAGCCUUCUACCGCCGUGGCGUGGCCUUACAUCGCCUAGGCCGCUUGCAGGAGUCUGUCACAGACCUGACCUGCGCGCUUCGGACUUGCCCCGAGGACGAGAUCCGAAAUCGCCUGGUGAUCGUGCAGGGCGAGCUGGAGCGUGCUGAGCAUCGUUUAACCGUUCAAUCGUAUGAUGAAUUUGCUGCCUGCAGCUGUGUGGCAACUUUGGGCUCUCUUCCAUCUCUCAGUUGCGGUGUCAUUGCCAUGGGCAACAAGGCCUGCGGUGCGCUGAGCGGCCGCAAGCCGCACACUCCGGAGCCGCCGAGCGCGAGCGCCGCGACCGCCGCAACCGCGACCAGCGAAGGUAGCAGUGGCAGUGGCCCAGCCGCUGGCCGAAGGCGCUCAGAGUCGCUGGAGUGGCUGAACGACUUGGUCCUUCGGCUGUGGCCCAAGAUCGACCUGGCGGUGCAGAAGAUCAUCCAUGACCAGGUAACGCCGCAGUUGCAAGAGAGCCUUCCCGGCCCUUUCAAAGGCACCUACUUCAAAACUUUCAGCCUGGGGCAGAAGACGCCAAGACUGGGACCCAUCCAGGUCUGUCAACGCGAGGACGGCUUGAAGCUGAUCGUGGACGUGGACUUCCAAUCCGAUGUGAACAUCGACAUCUCCGCGGUGGUAGCCUCCAUAGGCGUCAAGAGCAUCUCCCUGAAGGGUCAGCUGAUGAUCCGCCUGGGUCCUUUGAUCGACGAGAUGCCGGUGGUGGGAGGCCUGACGGCCUAUUUCAACGACAUCCCCGAACUGGACCUGAACUUCACCGGGGUCGGAAACGUGGCCGACAUGCCAGUGUUGUAUGGCCUCAUCAAGAAACAGAUCAGCCAGGCCAUCAACAACGCCAUCGUUCUGCCCAACUGCAUUGCUGUGCCGUUGGCGACGGAGCAGCAGGGCGUCGAUCCGGCCUUACUGAGAAAGCCCAAGCCUUUGGCCAUGCUGCGGGCCACGGCUCUGCGUGCGUCGAAGCUUCCGGCCAUGGACUGGAACCUGGUGGGGAAGUCUUCCAGCGAUCCCUUCGUGAAAGUCACCGUGGCCAAUGACAGCUGGAGCAGUUCGGUGGUGAAGCAAAGCUGUAAUCCCACCUGGAGCGACGAGGAUGUGCACGACUUCGUGGUUUUUGACCAGGAUCAGCACAUUUGGUUGGAAGUCUAUGACAAGGACAUGCUGUCCUCUGCGGACCUCAUUGGCAAAGCCCAGCCUCUGAAGGUGUCGAAUGCGAUGGCAGAGUCGGAAAAAGCUCUUGAGCUCUCGGAUGGCUCCAAGAGCUGCGGGAGCCUGCAGAUGAAGUUCCAGUGGCUCACCCUUUCGGAUGAAGUUUCUCCUGACAUAGCCGGCUGCGUGGUGAUGGUCGAGGUGCAACAGUUGAUGGCCAAAGAAGCGGCCUCCAUGGUGGCCAAAUUGGGCAGCCAGGAGAAGCGCACUGACACCAUGGGUCCCAGCGAGACCGCCGAGCCCAGUGAGGAGCAGAAGCUGCGCUUGGAGGUGGCCAGGCGCUGCCAGGCCGAGGGUUUGGAUGAGGCCGCCACGGUGAAAAUCUCGGGGCUCUCCAAGUCUGACCUGGCGACCGACACGCGCCACGGGCAAAGUGGUCCCAUUGAGUUUCAGUCGAUUUUCUACCUGUCCAUCCCUCGCAAGUCCGCCUACGAAGAUGAGGAGCUGACGCUGACGGCCUUAAACGCCAAGCAGAAGCCCUUUGCCGAAAGCGUCUUAAAGAUGUCGGAGCUCUUGGAGAAGAAGUCCCUGCGACUGGAGCGACUGCAACUUCGUGCUGGAGAAGGCUCUGAGGCUGCAACCUGCUGCAGCAUGGAGGAUUCUGGUGCCGAAGGCGGAGAAAUUGCGGCCAACAUCAGGGUCAAACUCUUCGGGUUGACUGCCGCCUAGACCGCCUGGUCUUUGUCUCAUCACGAUUUCUGAAAAACGCCUUCGGUGAUUUUAAAGGAGGUGCCGCAAAUUCAUUUUGCCGUGUCGAUGUGCGUCGGGAUCCCGCAGCAGAUGGC